AUGAGGCAACCUACCACUACUUUCAUUUACAUUUUACUUUUAUCAAUCUUUCAACUCUCUCCUUUCAAAGCUAGUGCUUCUUCACGCCUUCGAAUCCGACGAAGUCUGAUCAAAAACUUGAAUGAAGUUGCAGAACUGCAACGAUCUGAUCGUCCUAAUGAUGCAGCAGUAGUACACCAAAUAGUCGAAGGGCACUUUGAUGCUCCUGGUACAUCACCCGGUACCAAGGAUCCCCAAGAAAUCCACCCAGCAGACUCCAUCGAGAAUGCAAUGAAAGAAGAAAGCCUUGGGAAAGGUGUCGGAGCCGAAUUUGCUGAAGUGAAGAAGAACGGGUUUAAGAAUGACCUAUUUCCAGGACCACACCCUCAAUCAAAUGGACAAAGUUUGAUCCACCUAUAUUUCAAUAUCAUGAACAACCUUCCACUGAAACAAAAUGCCGGAAUGAAGGCAAUGUGGACAUUAUUGAACCUCGCUCAUAUCGAACCAACGAGUGAAGCAAGCAAAUACGGCAAGGAUCUCGCUACCAAAUUAGUAGAAUUCCUCAAAGAGUAUAGAUCGACUGCUUCAAAUGCAGGAAAGAAACUUGAAUCGUCAUAUCCAGCUUUGAUGAACUUCUUUGAAAACUUCUACAGAGCUGAACUAUCUACACUUCCAGAAGCCCGAUUCCCUGAACUGAUCAACCCAAGUGAAUUGCCGUCAUCAAGUCGACAACUAUUUCAAGGAGUCGAUGGAUCGGGUAUCGGAAGAAAUGAAGAAUUGAUAGAUCUCUCAGAAGAAUUGAAAGAAUUUAAACAAAACAAUCCAGAGAUCGUUCAUAGAGAGGCUUGGAUUUUUUCUGACGCUGUACUUGCUUCUCCAAGAUGCGAUGAUCCCAUGAUUUGUGUUCAGUACUGGUUACCUUUUGUGAAGGAUAUGAAAACUGAAAAGGGGGUUGAAGCGCUCGGGGCUCCUUUGGCUGAAGAGCUAUUCAACAAACUUGUAGAUUUGGCCGAUAAGAAGACAAAUGGUAGAUUAAUCAACACCUCACCAGACGCAGCUUCCAUUUUUCUACGAAAGACCUUUGGUACCUACUUUGAUGAGAAUUCGAUUCUUGAAGAAAAGCGUAUCAGUUUACUUCAAGCCAUACACAAGAAUUUAAAUACCUUAAACAAACCUGAUGUCACCCUGGGCCUCAAGUAUUACGACAAAAAUCCUUUUGAUCACUUUCCGGGUCUCAAAAAUGUAGAUGAUUUUAAAGAAGCUCGUAAGUUGUGUUUUAUGAAUGAGGCCCUUGGCUUAUCUGCUGAAAUUGAUGUUUACUUGUUUGAAACUCUCAAGGUUCUGGUCUGA